UAUCCGAUCUCUAUAAUUAACUUAUUUAAGACAUAAUUCAAUACACAAAUAACAAUUAUUAUGAUAAAUAAGUUUGUUUUUAAGUCAGCAAAUAUAUAACCUAUAAAACUAUAUGUAUUGAUAAAACUAUAAGUAAUUAUUUCUUAUAAAAAUGGCCAAGCAUCAUCCAGAUUUGAUUUUUUGUCGUAAACAGCCGGGUGUUGCAAUUGGCCGUCUCUGUGAAAAAUGUGAUGGCAAAUGUGUUAUUUGUGAUUCCUAUGUUAGACCUUGUACUCUUGUUAGAAUAUGCGAUGAAUGCAAUUAUGGAUCAUACCAAGGACGUUGCGUGAUAUGUGGAGGACCUGGCGUAUCAGAUGCAUACUAUUGUAAAGAAUGUACAAUUCAAGAAAAAGAUAGAGAUGGUUGUCCUAAAAUAGUAAACUUAGGUAGUUCCAAAACAGAUCUCUUCUACGAGAGAAAAAAAUAUGGAUUUAAAAGAAGAUAAUUUUGUUUUAUUAGUUGUCAGUAAUCAUAAGGAAAUAAAUUUUUUUUUAACAUAUUGUAAUAUAACGAUUUUUCCAUUAAUUUUUAUUAAAUCAUAGGGUAUGAUAUUUUGAUAACUCAUAAAUGAUUUCACAUUAGAUAAUAAGAUAAACGUUUAAAGUAAAGAUAAAGUGUAUUAUGUACUAUUUAAUAUAUAUACAAGAUAAUGUCUAUAAAUAAACAUGCCUUUUCAUUA